AGAUUUGAUAUUAAAAUCCCGUAAUUUAUGAUUCAAUAUAUUGUGUAAAACAUGUGAUUCACACAACACUUGCAUUUCAUAACACAUUUGAUUUUAAUUUAGUGUUUGAUUAAACUGAUCAUCAAUUUGUUAGCAAACAAGACAUGUCUUUAUCAACUGAUCCACAGGUGAUUCACGCGAAACCAGUGACCGAACGAAAGCGUAUUAUAGGAUCUGUGAACAAGAAUCAGAUCCCGAGCGACAUAUUGGACAACAAAGAGCUGAACCACUCGAUCGCCACAAGACUUCCCAAUAAUUAUAACUUUGAAUUUCAUAAAAUCAUUUGGAGGUUAAAGACAUGUAAUGCUCGGAGGGUUGGUCUCCAGUUUCCCGAAGGACUCUUUGUCUUUGCCAUCACUAUUGCCGAUAUCAUUGAGCACUUUGCCGAAGUGGAUGUCAUCAUAAUGGGUGACGUGACAUACGGCGCGUGUUGUGUUGAAGACUUGAUGGCCGAUGCCAUGGACUGUGACUUUAUCGUACAUUUUGGUCACUCGUGUCUCAUUCCGGUCAACCAAAUGGUUAAUAAUAUCAAAGUUUUGUAUGUCUUUGUUGACAUCAAAAUAGAUUUAUGGCAUUUGAUUGAAACGAUUAAAACUAAUUUCAAUCCACAAACUCAUUACUUGUCGAUCUCUGGAACCGUUCAGUUUGUCUCAUCAAUACAUUCGGCGUCAAAAGAGUUGCGUCAAAGACAUGGUUUUCAAGUGUUAGCACCACAAGCAAAGCCUUUAUCACCGGGAGAAGUGUUAGGAUGUACUGCACCACAAUUACCACAAGAAGUUAAUACAAUUAUAUUUGUUGCCGACGGAAGGUUUCAUUUGGAAGCACUAAUGAUUGCCAAUCCAUCAGUGAAUGCAUUUAAAUACAAUCCUUAUAACAAAGAGAUUACACAAGAGUUUUAUGACUUCAAUAAAAUGAUGUCUUAUCGCAAAAAUGCCAUAAAUUCAGCCACAAAAGUGUGUACCGAUUCGGGUGUAUUUGGUAUCAUAUUGGGAACAUUGGGACGACAGGGAAAUCCUAAAGUACUAGAAAAUCUUAAGUCAAAUAUUUGUAAAUUUUCAAAAUGUCAAACAAUAAGUGUUUUAUUACCCGAAAUAAGACCCGAAGUUUUGGGUAUGUUUACUAAAGUGGACGCUUGGGUUCAAAUAGCUUGUCCUCGACUUAGCAUCGAUUGGGGCAAUAAUUUCACACAUAAACCUCUUUUAACACCUUUUGAAUUGAAUGUCACCUUAAAUACAGUUACGAAGGAAUUUAUAAGUUUGAAGAGUAAGUAUGCGAUGGACUUCUAUGAAACCAAUUCAUCCGGAAAUUGGACACCAAAUCAUAAGUGCAAUCAAAACUGUUGUUGUAAUGAAAAUAAUAAAUAA